CUGACUGCACUGGAGUGAGGAUGGUCCGUCAUUAACUAUAAACUGAUUCCCAUCAAGAAACUGCACAGAUAUUAUCUCAUCAUCACUUCAAAGGUCUCGUCAGGCAGAGGUGACGCCAGGAGAUGAUUUAAAGGUGAAAAUGACAAGCUUUCCACCCCUCAGACCUUGGCUCCUUUUCUGACAAUACAGUCUGAAUGAACCUCGGUGUCUUCUUUACUGUGGAAAUAGGAUUGAAAGAGAAAAAACUAUUUUUUAAUCCUGACAAAGAAGAUCAUUGGGAAGCUGAUUUUCAGAAAUCUCGUAUUGUGGCACAGAUGGAUUUUAAAAAGUGUUAGAUCUUUCCAAUGAACACUAAUAGAAUACUCUGCUCUUGGCUGGAUUUUUCAGAGAAUGGCAAUGGUCUCUGCGAUGUCCUGGGUCCUGUAUUUGUGGAUAAGUGCUUGUGCAAUGCUGCUCUGUCAUGGAUCCCUCCAGCACACUUUCCAGCAGCACCACCUGCACAGACCAGAAGGAGGAACAUGUGAAGUGAUAGCAGCGCACAGAUGUUGUAAUAAGAAUCGCAUCGAGGAGCGAUCGCAAACAGUAAAGUGCUCCUGUCUACCUGGAAAGGUGGCUGGAACAACAAGAAACCGACCUUCCUGUGUCGAUGCCUCCAUAGUGAUUGGGAAAUGGUGGUGUGAAAUGGAGCCUUGCCUAGAGGGAGAAGAAUGUAAGACACUACCUGAUAAUUCCGGAUGGAUGUGCGCUACUGGCAAUAAAAUUAAGACCACAAGAAUUCACCCAAGAACCUAAUAGAAGCAUCUGUUGUAGUAGUGAAGGGAAACCAACCCUGCGGAAAAUACUACAUUUUAAGAAUUUGAAACAUCUUAGACAUUUACAGGCCAAAUGGAUCUCUUAUUUGUACUUUGAUUGAUUACCAGAUAAUCACAGUGCUUUUACUGUGUGUAAUGAAAUAUCCUUUAGUGAGAAGACUUGGAGUUUUUGGCAACACCAUGGAAAGUGGAUUUAAAAUAAAGGUUUCCUCAGUGGAAUUUUUUGGGAGUAUGAAGAAUGAUCAACUGUCUUCUAAUUUGGAUCUAUAGUUACUUUGUACCAUUUUAAAUAUAUGUAUAUAUAAUAUUUUGAAAUAUUAUAUAUUCUCUUCAAGAAACGAACAGUACCACAGUUUGAGGCGGCUGGUGUACC